AAUCUCUACAAUGAGAACAUAGAAGAAAAGAAGGAACUUAUGAAGGCACUCACUCUGGGUAACAAAGAUGAGUUCCAACUGACUCCUCUCCCUCAGGACGUUCUGAUCAUAUGGGGAGAGUAUGAUCGUAUUUUCCCCUUGGAGAAGGCAUAUGAGAUCAAAAAGCGUUUGGGAGAGAAGGCUAGAUUAGAAAUUAUGAAGAAUACUGCCCAUGUACCACAGGUGGAGGACCCGGAAAAAUUCAACGAGAUCCUCUUAAACUUCUUACUUGGUGCUCCUAGAUCUGCAAUGUGAAUUUUGGCUUAUGAUGCUUGAGAGCUUCCAUGGAUCGAUUUCUGGGACGGGGAUAAUUAUUGGGCCGGUCCAGCCUAUGUAUCUGAGGAUGAGUGAUUUAAGCUUUCUGUUUCUCAUUUAACGGAUUACUCAUAGAUCCAUGUACGUUUUGUAUGAAAAAAACAAAAAGGAAGCAAACAUCAUGGAAUAAGAAUUUAGUGCAUUUGAUUGCAGGGAUAAGUGAAAGGGAUAAGUGCAUAUAUUUAAUAUUCAUUGUAUUUUGCAAUGAUUUGUAUUUUAUUACAAGAAUAAAAUCAACUUUCCACC